AUGAGCACAAGCAGGUUACUCAGAACUGAGGCUUUAUCCUGGAUGUUGGCUGAGGACAACGUGACUGGGGGCCAGUCCCAGGGGUUGAUCCUGCAGCCUGCCUGGGACUACCUCCACCAGAAUCACCACGACCUCCUGAGGAGCCCUCUCUUCCCUGUGAUUCUAUCCGUCACCACCUAUUUCCUCCUGGUUGGUAUUUACACUGUGCUGGACCUGCUGGCUCCCUGCUGGCCCUGCAUUAACCGCUACCGGCUCCACCCUGACAGACCCGUCACGUGGCCUAACAUCUGGACUACCUUGAGUGUCACUAUCUACAACCAUCUGCUCUACAUCUUUCCUGCUGCAGUUGCCCAGUGGCUGUGGAGGCCGCCGACCCCGUUACCCUGUGAGGCACCCACUUUCUGGAGCUUCUGCCUGGGCAUCCUGGGCUGCAUGGUGGUCUUUGACUUCCAGUAUUACCUUUGGCACCUGCUGCACCACCGGGUACCCUGGUUGUACCGCACGUUCCAUGCCGUACACCAUCAGUACAACCAGCCUUUCAGCCUCGUCACCCAGUACCUGUCUGGCUGGGAGUUAUUCAGUGUGGGAUUUUGGGCUACAAUAGACCCCAUCCUUCUCCAGUGCCACUGCCUCACAGCAUGGGGUUUCAUGGUCUUCAAUGUCUACGUUUCCACUGAGGACCACUCUGGCUAUGACUUCCCGUGGUCCACGCAUAACCUGGUGCCCUUUGGCCUCUGGGGUGGUGCACCCAAGCAUGAUGCUCAUCACCAGCGGCCCAAUACUCACUUUGCCCCGUUCUUCGCUCACUGGGAUUGGCUGGGGGGCACCCACACUGGGCUAACUCCCGCCACCCAGGCUGCAGCUGGGGAGCAAGACGAGGUGAAAGGUGGAAAAGACUGA